AUGGCCGGAUCUGAGAAGCGAAGCAGAGUCGCCGCCUCAGACCGCAGGGAGCCGGAGGCGCCAUCCCGCGAGCAGCAACCGGAACCCGAGGGUCACCGGAGGAGCCACCCUCCAGAUCCGCGGUCCUGGCCACCGGAGCGCCGCAACGCCGGGCCGCCGAGCAGGACGAGGGAGCGGCCUCCCUCCACCAAGAUGCGCGCCUUCGGUUCCCCCGAGCCGCCCAGGAGCGACGCGGGGGACGCUCAAGAGGACGCCCAUCUGGGCUUCAGAACGCUCAGGCCAGAGCUCGCGCACCAACUGUUCGAUGAAAUGCUGCGCCAACCUGUCCCAAUAUCAGCGCGUGCACUCAACGGCUUAUUUGUUGCACUCGCGCGUGCGCCGCCCUCAACCGCCUGCACCAAUGCCUCUGCCCUCGCCAUCGAUCUCUUCAACCGCAUGGCCCAAGCAGGUCGUCGCCAGGUGACAGCGCCCACCAUUUACACCUACAAUAUACUAAUUGACUGCUGCCAUCGAGCAUGCUGCCCGGACCUAGGGCCUGCCUUCUUCGGCCGCCGCCUCAAGACAGGCAUACCGACGGACAUCAUUACCUACAGCAACUUAUUCAAGUGCCUCUGCGACAUGAAGCGCACGGAGGAGGCUUUGGGCGUGCUGCUCCACAGGAUGCCCGAUGACCUGCCUGAUGUCAUCUCCUACUCAGUAAUUCUCAAGAGUUUAUGUGACAAUGGUAGGUGCCAGCUCGCGCUUGACCUGCUCCGGAUGAUUGCCGAAAAAGGAUCUGACCACUCCCCCAGCGUGGUGUCAUACAGCAUGGUAAUCGAUGGUUUCUUCAAGGAGGGUGAAAUAAGCAAAGCAUGUGAUCUGUUCCAUGAAAUGAUGCAGCAGGGGGUUGUGCCCGAUGUGGUGACGUAUAGCUCUGUUAUCGAUGCUCUGUGCAAAGCAAGAGCAAUGGACAAGGCAGAGGUGGUUCUUCGAUCAAUGGUUCAUAAUGGUGUCCAACCAGAUGCUGUGACAUAUAAUUGCCUGAUCCAAGGAUAUUCGACUUUGGGACAGUUGAAAGAAGUCGCUAGGUUGUUGAAAGUGAUGAGAAGCCAAGGUGUUAUGCCAAGCGUUGUUACCUACACCUCACUCAUGGACUACCUUUGCAAGCAUGGAAGAAUCAAAGAAGCUGAGGAAAUAUUUUAUUCCAUGGCUGUGAAUGGACGAAAACCAGAUAUAGUCUCAUACUCUAUUAUGCUCCGUGGGUACGCUAUAGAAGGAUCCCUCAUUGAUAUGAUCCAUCUCUGUGAGCUGAUGGCAAGAAAUGGAGUUGUACCCGACCUCUAUUGUUUCAACAUACUGAUUAAUGCAUGUGCUAAGCAUGGAAUGAUGGAUGUGGCCCUGCUUUUCUUCGAAGAUAUGUUGAAGCAGGGGGUGAAGCCUAAUGAAUUCACUUAUUUAACUGUGAUAUCUGCAUUUUGCAAGAUGGGCAGGAUGGAUGAUGCGAUGGAAAAAUUCCGUGAGAUGAUUGAUAUGGGAGUACCAGUUGACACAGAAGUUUACAUGUGCAUGGUUGAGGGUUAUUUUAAAAAUGGUGAUUCAGUGAAAGCCAAGGAUUUUAUUACCAAAAUGAAGAACAAGGAUAUUUCAAAUAGGCCGCAGAAGGGUAAUUGAUGAACAUGGAAAAUUCAAUGAGAUGAUUGAUAUGGCAGUACCACGUGAUACAACUGUUUACAUGUGCAUGAUUGAGGGUUAUUUGAAUCACGGUGACUCCAUGAAAGCGAAGGAAUUGAUUACUGAAAUGAAGAACAAGGAUAUUCGUCAUAGGCUGCAGAAGGGUAA